AUGAAUUACUUAUCGGUUAACAUUAGGGGGGCGGGUGACCCAAAAAAGGCGGAGCACAUACGUAGUCUCAAAAGAUCCAACAAUCUGAGCUUUAUCGGUAUACAGGAGACUCAGAUGGCGAGUUCUUCCGAUAUUCAGGUUAGUAAUUUCUGGGGUAACACAACUUUUGAUUUUGAAUGUGUGGAUGCAAAUGGUAGAUCUGGGGGUCUGAUGAAUAUCUGGGACUCAACGAUUUUUCACAAAAAAACGUCGGUUAAAAAAAGAUUUUUCUUAGCCACUGUUGGUAACAUACAGAAUGUAAACGGGGAUAUAAUAGUUGUCAAUGUCUAUGCACCACAUGACAGAAGCCUUAAAACGGAGCUAUGGGCUGACUUAUUAGCUCUAAUGCACUCAUACUCGGGCUCAUGGAUAUUUCUGGGAGAUUUUAACUGUGUACGUAUCCCGUGUGAAAGAAGAAAUUCUCAAUUCUGCCCGGAAACGGUUGGGGACUUCAACAGAUUCAUAAACGAUGCGGGUUUAUCCGAAUAUUCCAUACUUGGGUGCUCGUUUACAUACAUGUCAAAUGAUGGUAAAAAAUUCAGUUACAUUGACAGAAUCCUGGAGGAUGGGCUGGAGGUACUAGUUCGAAACGCGUAUAAUAGUGUUGCAACUAUACACCCUCCGGAUAAAUUGAUGGCAGCCAGAUUAAAAGCCAUUAAAACAGCAAUCAAACCUUGGUGGGAAGAACGAAAAUCCAGAAAGAAUGGUCUACUACAGGACCUAAAACAAAAGGUUGAAAACAUUGAUCUUAUAGCUGAAAAAAUGUGCUUAUCAGAAGUGGAGAUAGGCGAAAGGGAGUCUUGGAUAAAGGCAAUCAAUGAGAUGGAGGAAACUAACUUAGAAGACCUAAAACAAAAAAAGUCAAAUGGAUACAAGACUGUGACGAGAACACAUCUUUCUUUCAUGGCAUGGUCAAGAGUCAUCAAAAAGCAACCGGAUAAAUGGCCUGAACUUCAAUGGAGUUUGGGUUUCAAAACCGGAUGUUCAGCCCUACUAGUCAAGCGGUUCUCCAAAGAAGAAAUUAAAGAGGCGGUAUGGGGUUGUGGGAACGAAAAGACGCCGGGUCCUGAUGGCUUCACUUUCAGGUUUCUAAAGUCUUUCUGGGACAUCUUUGAGGAGGAUGUUUUCUGUAUUUUGGAUCAUUUCUAUGUACACGGGACCUUGAGCCGUGGAUGUAAUUCUAGUUUCAUAGCUCUUGUACCGAAAAUUGCAAAUCCCCAAACCAUCAACAAUUUUCGCCCCAUUAAUCUUAUCGGGUGUAUCUCGAAAAUUAUUUCCAAAAUCUUGGCAUCUAGAUUGAAAAAGGUGAUUGGGUCGGUUGUUAGUGACACCCAAACUGCAUAUAUCGAAGGCCGAAGCAUUUUGGAAGGACCACUCAUGGUCAAUGAGAUUACAUCUUGGAUCAAAAAAAACGAAAAAAAAGAUGAUGCUCUUCAAAGUCGAUUUUGA